AUGAAGACUUUGGACGCCCGUCUUUCGACGCCAAAAAAGGCACUGAACCGCUUUGGGACAUUGAUGGACGGCCACAUGCAAUACAACGCUGAGUCAGCGAGGGUGUCGGCGUACACCGACUCCAAGUUUCAAGAAAAAGCACGCCACGAGCGGGUGGCGGCGGACCAAGAGAAAAAUGAAGUUGACGGAAUGUACAUUCGAAACGAGGCAAUCCAAACGAUGGGUAAGCGGAAGUCUCUCGACGAUGACUUUGAAAAAGCAUCGGGCGCUGGUGGGCGUUUCAUGAAGAUCACUACUGCCAUGCAAGAGGAUACCAAGGCAGAUCGGGAGUUGAGCAAUGAUGAGCUGGAAUUUCGAAAGUGUAAGUACGACAAGGAACUCGAGGAACGCCAAAAAGACCGCGAAUUAGCCUCGCAGCAGUCUCGGCUUCAACACGAAACAAUUCUUGCCAUGUUAGCAGCCAUGAAAAAGUAG